AUGGGGAGUUGCGCUUCAAAGCCUCACAGGAAGCCCGAGCACUUCACAAAAACGCUGCAGGCACGUGGUGAAAUCUUGGGAGCAGAUUUGAGAGCAAUGUUUAACAACCCCGUAUACAGCGACAUCAUCAUCACUUGCAAAGACGGUGGGGUUGUGUAUGGUAGCAG